AUAAAAAUUCGUGUAUUUAAAACAAGUUAUCUACAUAUAAUAAUACAAUGAAAAUUAAUCAGACGUGAUUUAACAACAUAGUAUAUAAUCUACAAAGUAUUUUUCAAAAAAUACUAAUGGAUUAAUAAAUUGCUAUGAAGACCACAUUGCAAAAUGUCUGAGAAAAAGACGAUUGGUGGUAUUCCUGUGGAGUGUUUAACUGGACAACAAGCAGCAAUAUGGUCAGGAUGGCGUAUACUAGGAGACAGAGAGCUUGUGAGAGAGGCUUCUGCCAAAGGAACUCAUAUAAAACUAGCUUAUAAGUGCCUUGCAUGCAGAAGAAAUUGUUCUGUAGAGCAAGCAUGUAUAUAUUUCAACAAAGAAGUAGACAAUUGGGUGAAUGAGUUAUUAAACAAAAAACAAGUUUACAGAGCCUCGCAUAUUUUAAAAAAUAUGGGAAAGGAUCCCGUAGAAUAUAUUUUUGCAGUUUCCAUAAAGAGCAAAGACUCAGUUUUAAGAAACUAUUUAUCAGAAUAUAUGAUAAAUAUUAAUGGAUUCAAGACUGAACACAUUGCAGCCUGCAAUCUUAUUAAAUUUAUUAAACAGUAUGAAGACAAAUGCAAAGUUGAAAAUGGAUUAAGUUCUUGUAUAUGUAUAGAUGAUGUAAUGAAAUUACCACAAGAUACCGAAGAAGCUUUACGUAUUGAAUUAUAUUUUUCUUUGAAUAUACCAGAGAUUUUAGGAAAUGUGUCAAAUAACGUUUUAUGGGACUAUUUAUUAUCGAAUAAUAAAAUUAAUACCUUAAGGUUAUGGAUUGAUGCAAGACAUAAAUCAGAUAUUCUGCAGAUUUCAGACGACAUUGAUCAUCACAUAAAAUCCUUAUUUAUGAAUUUAAAUAUUACACCUGAUAUGAUUGACUAUAUAGAUUCUUCACAUGCUAGUGAUUUGGUAAAAGAUCUAACUAAAAAUUAUUUAUGUAGAUAUGGUAUUUAUACGAAAGAAGAACAGAAUAACAUGAAAUUGAUAUUAAAUCGUUUCUUCAAUUGUGGUAUUACAUUGGAAGAAAUGAGUACAAUAUUAUCUUUAAAUUCCUGCAAUAUUGAUAAAGCAGAAUUUUUGCAAAGCAUUGAUCAACAAUUGUGCCUUACACAUUGCUUGCAAAACAGUCAUACUGAAGAAGGCAGCUCAAAACUGAAAAAAUUGUUUAAUAUCCUAACUAAUAUGUGUAACGCUCGAGAUAAUUACGAAGAUGCAUUAAUAUAUGGAAUUAUAGAGUCGAUUAAUUAUAUCUCGGACGAUUUUAAUACCUAUUUAAAAACAAAUUAUUUAAUAAGUUUAACAUUAAUAUUUUUACGAUUAUGGCAAACAACGCAGAUCACAUUGUGUAACGAAGCAAAUUCUUCAAAGAAGAAUACACUAAUACGAGAUAUAUUUUCGGAUAAACUUGUUUUAAAAACUGACGAGUAUGUUAUUUCGCAAGAAAUUCUUCAGUUCACACUUUCGCAUAUACCGAGUUUACAAUAUAUUAUCGAAGAUCAAAAUAAAAAAGAUGAUAUUACAGUAUACGAAUUAUUGGACGGCUAUAAAAAUUUGAGUUCGAAGCUUUUGUUUAAAUGGCGCUUUAAAAAUGAACCAUUGCCUACUUUUACAAAUGAAAUUCUUAUCAAGAAAUAUGGACAUCAAGAAACAUUAACGUACGGUUAUUAUCUGAAAGAAGGUAGACCAAAUAUGGCUGCGCACUGUUUAACUUACACUCAAGCAAAAUUACUUGGAAACGUAUCUUCCCACAGGAAAUUUAAAGCGGCCUUAUACGCGCACGUUCUCGCUUUGAGAAAUUUAGAUAGGUCUGAUAUCGUAUGCAGCAGUAUUUCCUUCAUUGAGUUGCUAAGAAUCGACUCGAGCAAUUUACGAUUACACGUUACUGUGGCAAAAUAUGUACAAGAACAAUUAAACAUCUCCAUAGGAAACCUGUUGGAAAAUGUAGUAUAUAAGAGUGAAACUGAUUUAAAAUCUGUGAUGUCAUAUUUAGAACAGAGCUUCCAGAAACAUUUACUGAAUGAAACCUUCAUGUGCGAUAAUGCGCAAUUUAUCGAAGCGCUGAAGAUCUGGGACAUCAUCGUACGCUUUGCGCGUGUUCAUGAUUAUGUGCUAUCCGAUACGUUGCUAAAAUAUUUAGCAAAUCAUCACUUGUGGUUCGAAUUUAUUACAGUUUGUCAUAUAUUUGCUUAUCCCACGACUCAGGUAUUGGAAAAUGCCGAAUUGUUUAAUAAUGCGAGUAUACGGGAGCAUCUAUUAACAUGUUUAAACAAUGAUAAACUUAACAAAUCUCAAUCGUAUGAGCAGAAACCGAAAUCCCGUGAUACAAGACAAUUAUCGUCGAAGCAGCAUAAAAUUGGAUCGGAAGAACAUGAAUCUCCAAUAUCCACUUCAACUGGUAUCAAGAUAGACGCAACUAGUAUCGAACAUGUUUCCAAUAGUUAUGUCUCGACUCCUUCAGAUAAUAAUUUAUGGUUAACUAUAUUAAAUUGUCAUCAAAGUCAAGACCCACCUGGAGCAUUAAUCAAUGCAUCUCGCUCAAAUCUAAGACCUAUAUUGACCAUCUUGGCAACAUGUUAUGAGCCAUCUUCAGUAGCAGCAUAUUGCUAUUGUUGGAUGGUAAUAUCGAUAGGAAGAGAGGACAUACUUUUCGAUUACACGGAAUGUCUAGAGCAGCAAAUAUGGCCUUCCAAUAAAGUGUCGGAAUUAUUAAAUAAAAUGAUUCAAUGUGGUUUCAUUAACACGAUUAAUCAAGCUUACAAAAUUUUCAUGCCUGAUAGUAUUUUAAAUCCAUUCUUUGAGUUUUUGAUGCAAGCAAUUAGUUAUGGUGAAUUCAAGGAAAAUCAGCGUUAUUUGAUAGAAUUUAAAUCACAAUGUUCUUCACUUAAAUACAAUAAAAUUAUGGAUUGGGACAGCGUCCAUUUCACGUACUUGAAAAAUCUGUAUUGGGUUGCAGUUGUUACAACCCAAUGUAUUGUUACAGCACUUGGUUACAGUUUUCAAAGUACGCCAUUACGAGUAAAGUUUCUUGAAGCAUUAAUAAAAUGUAAUUUUUCUGCCGACUUACCAGUUGCAGUACCGGAUUUUCAACGUUUGUUGGAUAUAACGAAAAUUCUGCAGAAAACCGAUAUAACAUUGAAUUUCACAGCUGUUAUUUUAACUGAUAAUGCAUAUAAUUUUGACAUAGAGAUUCAAAGAUGCAUUAACAGUUUAAUGGCAAUUGAGAAUUUUAGCGUUGCCUUAGAAUUAGCAUGCUGUGCCGGAUUAAAUUCAUCCGAAAUCAUAUUAGCACAAUCUCGAAAUAUUUUCAAACAAUCUAUAAAUGUAGAUGGUCAAUUAAAUUCUUCCUUUUGGAUACAAUGUGCUCAGAAUUUUAAUAAAUACAAUGUCCCACCUCAAGUAGCAGUUGAAUUUUUUGUCGAACAUGCCGAGAAAGUUGUAUCGCACAAAGAAAGGUAUGAAGUCUUAAAACUGGCUUAUGAGACUUUGAAAAAUACUGAAAUCGAGCAACAAACUAUCGAUACUCUGGAGAUGGCAAUGUGGAAAUCAUGUAUUUUAGCUGGACCCGAAAAUAUAGAAUUUGAUUGCAAUGAUUAUAUUUUUAAUAAAUUAAAAACGGAGUUAUUAUCUGGUUUGGAUAAGUUACAAGUCACUUGUUCCUUGAUAGAAAAUGAAAAAAACGCUGCGGAAGUUUUAAUAAAUAAAUUAAUUGAUUUAGGCAAAUUGGAUAUUGCCUUACGAAUAAGCCUUAUUUUUAAUUAUAAUCAUAAAGAUCUACAAAUAUUGAUGUUAUGUUUAAGUCUAGCAGAGGGUGAAAUUUCACCAGCGGAUUUAACUUCGCAGCAAAAGAGUCUUUUAGAGGAAACAAAUCAGAGCAAGCAACAAAAAUAUGGCACUUUACGUAAACGCGGUCUGCAAAGAUUUUCUUCAUCAUCAUCACUAAAUGCGAUUUCAUCAAUUGUAGAAUCCAGCAAAAUAAACGAUACGGCAAUUAGCAAUCGCCAGAUGGAGUGUAUUUCAAUAUUAGAAAAGUUAUCUGAAAUCCUUAAACAUGGAAAUGAGAUAUGUUUUAGAAUUGUUUCAUGUUAUAAACUUGCUACGCGUUUAGGGAAGACUUACCAAUUGUUGCUGAUAUUAAAAGAGCCUAUAAAAUUUUUACAGGAGAUUAUCGAAAGUAAUAUUGAAAAUAAAUUUGAGACUGCUAACGAUAUAAUAAUGUCUUUCAAAAUUAAAACGGAAGACGUUGCAACAUUUCUGACUGAAAAUAUUACAAUACAUAUAAACCGUGCCAUGGAAGACGGUCAAGAAGACUUAAUCUUUAUGUGGGGUUAUUCCUUGAAUUCACAUUUUCAUCUAAUAAUGGAACUUUGUAGUGACAUUUCAUUAUUAGGAUUAAAAUUGUUAAAGGCAGCACAAUCAUUGCUGGGAAGAUAUGUUAGCACUCACGAUGAAAAAAGAAAUGUUUUGGGAUUGAAGACAAUAGUAGAAUUAUUGAUAAGAUCUCACGAUUGUUUUACGGCUUCCUGUAACAUGGAAGGAAUAGCUUCAAUAUUACGAAAAUGUCAAAGCCUCGCAAAUAUGUUACAAAUUUUAAAACACUGGGCGAUAUUGGUACGUCUUGUAACUGGCGUUGGUCGAUUCACUGAAAUGAAUUAUAUCUUUCAAAUCUUGAAAGAAAACGACCAAUUUGAGUCUUUAUUGGGACAGGGUUUGGAUAAGGUACCAGGUCUGAAAAUGGCACUACUAGAAUUCUUAAAGCGUCAAUAUCCGGAAGAUAAGGAGUUAUUUACCCUAGUGGCGCUUCAUUUCCGUUUAUAUUAUGAAAUUGCUCUCAUGUGGGAAAAUGAAGCGAAAGAAAUAAUUACGAAAUUAAUAUCUGAUAUAUUGAAAGAGUGUGGAAAAGGCAUAACUGGCAUUCCAGUAGAAAUAAAGUUGACUCGAAGUGACAAUAUUCAAAAACAAUUGCAACUGGCUGUAACAAAUUUUACUCAUGCUACUCAAUAUUAUUUACAGGAUAAGAAAUUAAAUCUCGCGAGUCGAUGUUCCUAUCAAGCCCAAUUAAUUACGCUUCAAAUUUCACUGUUGAAUGCAAUACCGCAAAAUCAACAAGCAGUAUGUCUGUUGAAUUUGAAAAGAGAUGAGUUAGAUAGGAUAUUGUCUCACAUCUUGAACUUUCCUCAAGCUCUUAUUGUUAUUCGCGCUUACAAUUAUCAUGCAGAUUGGGUUAAUCUUAUUUAUCAUCAUUGUAUUCUCAAAGGAGAGACGCGAUAUCUCAAAGAAUUUAUGAUGGUGAACAGUCUAACGCCUAUGAUCGUUCAAGAUUGCGCACGCAGGUACAGAUUGGAAAAAAGUAUCAAUCAUUCCAUGACGGACAAUAUGAGAACUUUAGUAUCUGAAUUAUCAGAUGUUGAAUGUAAAUAUAUGGUAGCUAGUCAACUUGGCUUUAAAGAUAUUGUGGAAGAAAUGCUAAAUGAUCCCAUAGUAGGCUCCUACCUAAAGGACACAAUUUGGAAAAAAGGAUAUAGCGCUCCAUGACUCGUCGUUCAGCAGAAUUUGACAUAAUCAUCACUUGAUAAAAAAUAUUACAAAUUUAAACUCUACGACAGAUUGUCAUAAACUUAUUUACUUAUGAUGUCAUUGUAAACAAUAAAGUUAUAUUUUUG